AUGUUACGUGGUAGUAAUAUGAACAAUUCAAAAUUAGAAGAUAGCAGUAAAAAAAUGAAAAAAAUGUAUUGCUCAAGUUAUAUAAAAUAUAUUUGUUUAACAAUAUGUGUUAUAGGAAUGUUAUAUAUAAAAUACACGAACAAAUAUGGAAUACAUUCUUCUUCAGAUAUACAAAUUCAUAAUGUGUUUUUAAGAAUUUUGUCAGAGUCUCAAGAAGAAAGCCAUCCUUCAAUGAGAAAUACCAACUCAAAGGAAAAUUCAAAGAAGAGUAAAGUUAAAAAUAAUAAGAACACAGAUAAUGAUGAUAAGAAAAAGCUAGAUAAUAAUCAAGAUAAGGAAGAAAAAAAAAAAAAAAAUAAUAAAAGCAAAACAGAAAAUACUGAAACUACAAAAAAUAAUAAAAAAUCAAAUUUGGACUAUAAUAAUUUAAAUAACAGAUUCACAAAAGAAGAAAUGAAAAAUUUAAUUGAUUCAUUAAAUGAAAUACCACCUAAACAGGAUGAAGAAAAUAUAUGGAAACAUGCACUUAAAACAGCUAAUAGUGGAACAGAUAAAAUUGCAAAUGAAUUAAUGAAACUUGAAAAAAAACAUGGAAAAUGCAGUGAAGAGAGACCAAACAACAGUGGAAGAUAUGAACCUGUGUUAAUAAAACAACCAGAUGAAUUUAACGAGAGAUUAAAAAUACAUGAAAAUGAUUAUACAUCUAAGUUUAAUGACCUAAUUAAUCGUGAACAUACACUUGAUGAAUUAAAAAAUUUUAUUGGUUCAUUUUUAGAAGGUUUUGAAAGAUUGAUAGAAUUCCUUUUUCAUAAAUACAAAAUUAAAUUUGAGCAAAAAGAUAUGAAAAUACCUAUAGUGGACACUAUUUAUGAUAGAUCAAAGAAAGAUAAGAAUCAAAAAAAAGGUAAAAAAGAAAAAUGGCAAUACCUAUAG